AGUUCUCAACAGCCCCGUGACGAAAAACCAGACGUCGACGAAUCCUCAAAAUGCCUCCCAAGAAGGUCGCCGCUCCUAAGGAGAACAUCUCCCUGGGCCCCUCUGCCCGCGAUGGCGAGCUCGUCUUCGGCGUUGCUCGUAUCUUCGCCUCCUUCAACGACACCUUCGUCCACGUCACCGAUCUGUCCGGCCGUGAAACCAUCACCCGUGUCACCGGUGGAAUGAAGGUCAAGGCUGACCGUGACGAGUCCUCCCCCUACGCUGCCAUGUUGGCUGCCCAGGACGUCGCCGCCCGCUGCAAGGAGCUCGGCAUCAACGCUCUGCACAUCAAGAUCCGUGCCACCGGUGGUAACGGCACCAAGACUCCUGGCCCCGGUGCCCAGUCUGCUCUCCGUGCCCUUGCCCGUGCUGGCAUGAAGAUUGGCCGCAUUGAGGACGUUACUCCUACCCCCUCCGACUCUACCCGCAGAAAGGGUGGUCGCCGUGGUCGUCGUUUGUAAAUACUGUAUUUUUUUCACAAACAAAAAAAUACGGAUUUGCAUGCUUGGCGAGCCUUUGGUUUGGGAUCAAGGCAGGAGUUUCGCUAUCUGGUUCUUUUAUGUGGCGUUGAGAAAAAACGAGGAGAACGGCCCUUAAAGCCUGGUCUCCAACUCUACCAUGCUCUGCUCAGGCUUCUUUGUCCUUUUUAUUAGAAAGAGGAUAUGGCUUGAUGUCGAUGCAGUAGACAGUUACGAAUUCGCCCGAAGAAGGCUAUGAAAAGUUAUCUUCCUGUCAGAGUAACACUCUUCUGUGAGAUGUGCCACAUGUGAUUCUCAAAUCUGAAUGAGCAAUGAUUGAAUG